AUAUAUAUCCCCUUGAUGUGCUACACCGUCCACAGAACAUACUGAAUUACUUGUUUAGUGAGAACCUCGAUCUCUUCUCCUCCUCCUUUGGGACCAUUUUCUUUCUUUCUUAGUAAAAAAACAUGGGAGAUAGGCUGCGCUUGGCAGUUGGAGUGAUGGGCAAUGCAGCUUCCUUGUUACUUUACACUGCACCCAUAUUAACUUUCACAAGGGUGGUAAGGAAGAGAAGCACCGAGGAGUUUUCAUGCGUUCCUUACAUCAUUACAUUGUUAAACUGUCUCCUUUACACUUGGUAUGGAUUACCUGUUGUGAGCUACAAAUGGGAAAACUUCCCUCUCGUCACUAUCAAUGGUUUAGGCAUCUUUCUUGAGACUUCUUUCAUUAUCAUAUAUUUUCGCUUCGCUGAAACUAGAGGAAGGAUAAAAGUUGGUGUUAUGUUGCUUCCUGUCCUCCUGUUUUUCUCCAUAACUGCAGCUAUCUCAUCUUUUGCGUUCCACGAUCACCAUAGUCGCAAGGUAUUCACAGGAAGUGUUGGUCUGGUGGGGUCUGUGGGAAUGUAUGGUUCUCCACUAGUGGUUAUGAAGCAAGUAAUACAAACAAAGAGCGUGGAAUUCAUGCCAUUCUACUUAUCAUUUUUUUCAUUCCUGGCAAGUUCUCUGUGGCUAGCUUAUGGACUAUUCAGCCGUGAUAUCUUUCUAGCGUCUCCUAAUUUGCUCGGUACCCCAUUAGGCAUCCUCCAACUUGUGUUGUACUGCAAGUAUAGAAAAAGGGGUGUCAUGGAAAAGCCACAAAAAUGGGAUUUAGAAAAGAAUGAAGACAAACCCAAGCAGUUGCAGCUCGUGGUUAAUGAAGAUAUUAAUGGCAAGAGUUGAAGAACUAGCAGCCUAAUGGGAUUCCUUUUCGGGGAAACUAUAAUUCAUUGCGAAUAAAUUUCAAUGAAGCUAUUGGGAAGGCAGUAAGAGCAGCUGAAUUAAGUUGUAUGAGGAAUUAAGAUAGUUGUAGUUCCAUGAUUUUAAUGAUGUAUGAAGCAUGCUAAUUAAGUAAUAUAAUGUUCUUCUGUAUUGAAUAAAACAUGCAUCAACACAGAGGGUGGAAAAGAAUUUCUCAUUUAAUUUUAAUUUUAAUUCCAUGGAAUGUUA